AUUUGGUGUGGCUAAGUAGAGGCAACUCGACUGUUCGCAGGGCAAAAGGCUACCAUUUUACUAUUUUCCUCCAAGUCAUUCCACGAAGGGGAGCUUUUCACAGAGGGUGGUCUGAAUGACUGAGAAAGAGGAACACAGGACACAUAAUGUUCGGAGCACGGCACAGAAAAGAGAGAUAGCAUGGAAAACGCGCUCCGCCCCGAGACCACAGUGCACGCGCGCAGGUAGAGCGGCACAUUGUUUAGGAUGGAUGUGAAGAGAGAGCUCAACAUUGCCAUGGAAGACCAGAUGACCGCAGCACGUUACUUCAGCUUCUAUGUCAGACUAUGUCUGCUGAGUUCGGCAGGACAGAAAUGUUCGUUUUAAAAGUUUUUAGCUUUAAUCUCCCACUGCGAAUCACGACCUCCUCCUCUUCUCAGGUCGACUCACCACUGGAAGCCAGGACCUGACUACUAGACUGGUAAAUCAUGUCUUACAAUAGGACAUCCAAAGCAGGACCUUCAAGCAGUAUGUAUAAUGAGAACUGUAAUAAAGGAGAUGUAUCAGUCACUACUGUUGUAAACAUGACAGUGGGCAUUGUCUCCAACACCCUGGCUUUCUUCAUCGUUCUCAAAGCCUACCGGCGGUUCCGUCUCAAGUCCAAAGCUUCUUUCUUGCUCUUUGCGAGUGGUCUUGUGCUGACUGAUCUACUGGGACAUGUUAUGAAUGGCUCCCUGGCUUUAUAUGUAUAUGCCUCAGACAAAGACUGGGAGAGCUUUGACCCCAAGCAGAUUCUUUGUGGGUUCUUUGGUGUUUGCAUGACUUUCUUUGGUCUGAGUCCCCUACUGCUUGGAACCAUUAUGGCAGUGGAGCGCUGCAUGGGAGUCACUCGGCCACUCUUUCACUCUAUGGCUUUGACCUCUAACCGCAUAAACAGACUGCUGGCACUCACUUGGCUCCUGGCUCUGCUGGUGGCCUUGCUACCAGUGCUAGUGCAGAGGCCCUAUCAAGUUCAGGGGUCCUGUAGCUGGUGCUUCUUCCGUAUGGUUGGACCACGUGACUGGCUGGACAUUCUCCUCCCCAUGAUCUUCUCUGUGUUGGGAUUGCUGUCUCUUCUUGUCUCGUUUGUGUGCAACUCUGUGACAGGAUUCACUCUUUUGUGGUCCAGACUGCACCGUGAACAUGACUACCACCGCCAUCACAGAAGCACUAUACAUUUUGAGAUGGUCUGCCAGCUCCUUGCUAUCAUGAUUGUGUCCUGUGUGUGUUGGGGGCCUUUGCUGGUCACCAUCAUUAUCAUAACCUUGCAAAGGCAAGAUGCGCACGGUCACCUGCUACUGACUGUGCGUCUGGCCACAUGGAAUCAGAUUCUUGAUCCAUGGGUGUAUAUUCUUCUGCGCAAGGCUGUCUUGAAGAGGCUUCUCCUGCUGGCACAGAGGUGCCACAGCUCACGUCCAAAACAUGCCUUUGGGUGGAGGUUUAGUACUCUGGGGAGUUCUGUGGAGACCAGCAGCUCUGUGAACAGCAGACCAGAUUUCAUCUGCCUGGAUGGUCCAUUCCUGCCAGAUACACUCUUGAGACCCAUUGGGCACUUCCCUUGAGCCAGAGAGCUGGACACAGUUUAGCCAAGGAUAUGGUCUGGUCAAUGUCCCAAGGAAAAUAGUAGAAAAUAUUGAAAAUGUUUGUGUUAUCUUAAAAUUGAGUGUUAUAUUAUUGGACAUCCU